AGUUCCAGGGGAAGCUGUUUCCAGCAGUGGGGCAGGAAAAUGGGGAGACUUCAGGGUUCUUGCGCCGUUGUGUGGUCAAAGUGGGACAUGCUUGGUCAGGAAUAAACAGUAAUCCUUUGAGCUGCUAAAGUCGUGAAGCAGAAAGGUUUCAAUGAAGAGAAAGAUGAGGUUUUGUCUCAUGAAACUGUGCAGAUUACUGUGUUUGGCGCUGACUUUUCCUCUCCAUGUGAUGGAGGCUGCGGGCCUCUACGGUGUUUACAAACGUCUGUUUCCUCUGCUCGCCUACAACAUCACGUUUUCAUACAACGACAAAAUGCACAAAACCAAGAGGGAGCUUUUCAGAAACGUGGCCAAAUUUGCGGCCGACGACGGCUCGCUUCGCCUGCUGGAGAUCGGCUGCGGCAGCGGGGCGAACUUUAAGUUUUACCCGGACGGCUGCACGGUGGUCUGCACGGACCCCAACCCGCACUUCGAGGGCUUCCUGCGGAGGAGCAUGAAGGAAAACACGCACCUGACUUACGAGCAGUUCAUCGUGUUGUCCGGAGAGGACCUGAGGACGGUGCGGGACGAGUCUGUGGAUGUUGUCGUCUGUACUUUGGUGCUGUGCUCCGUCAGCAGCGUGCAUCAGGUGCUGCAGGAGGCCCGGCGGGUCCUCAGGACGGGCGGAGCUUUCUACUUUUUGGAACACGUCGUCUCAGAUCCCUCCUCCUGGACGUACUUCUUUCAGUAUGUGUUUGAGCCGUUGUGGUACUAUCUCGGGGAUGGAUGUACGAUCACCAGAGCGACUUGGAAAGACUUAGAGGCAGCCGGUUUCACUGAACUUCACCUGAGACACAUUGAGGCUCCAGAGGUCACUUUAAUGAUAAGGCCACACAUUAUGGGAUAUUCUAUCAAGUGACUGCAGGAGAGAAUGUACAAUUUAUUUUGGGCAUUCACUCGGAGCUCAAUCAUUAACCACUCUGACAAUAUUAACUGGCUGCUGACCAGUAAAAUAAACCACACAGCCCUGUAGGUGUAUGACAUUCGGUUUUCAUUUACAACCAACAUGAGCCACACUACUGAGUGAAAAUAUAUUUAUUUACUUACAGAAUCAGCAACAUUUCAUACACUGUUUGUUCUUCUUUCCCACCCGUCCCAUGAUGUACAUUAAUAAAUAUUACCUGGACACUGUGCUUUUUCCCUGAUUGUCUAAGUAACUGCCAAGAAACAACCAACAAACCACACUUAAUGUCAUCUUUUCUUUUACCCUUUAUACUCCAUUGCACAAAAAUAAGGAAUGACAAUUGUAACAUCUCCUAAAAGGGAAAUGAGGAGAAUUGCUGGUUCACAAAAUAAACAGAAAUCAUGUCUGUGUAGUAAUUAUACAGUCAAAAUUCUGCAGAUGCUGUUACAUUUUU